GUGGUGCUGCGUGGUUGAGCAGCAGCAGCAGGAGGAGGAGACGUGCGUGGGGGCAGGGCUGUAGUUAGGGCUGGGCUCUGCCUCACACGGCGCUCACGGGAUCGCGACGCGAGCGGAAAAGUCGAUAGAGGGGGCGACAGGGACUGAAGCGAGAGCGGGAAGGCGAGACGGGAGAGGAGAGAGACCAAGAUCGGGACCCACGUCCCGCGUCGCUCGGGCCGCACCUGCGUCACCAACUAAACUCACUCCACCUGCGUCACCAACUAAACUCACUCCACCUGUGGCUGCUGCUGCUGCUGCUACCGCUGCUGUCGGGCCCCCGGAUCGCCCAGACGAGACCCAGGAGAGCGGUGACGGUGACUCUUGGGCUUACCAGCGAUCGACGCGCCGCUCCCCGGCCCCUCGUCCCACAAGCUUUCUCUGUGUCCUACUCUCCUGCCCCUCCUCUGCCGCCACCCUUGGGCCGUCGACAAUCAGACGAGCGAAGGGGUGGUUUUCUGCAAAGUUCUCAUAGCCAGCGCGGGUCGCUGGGGCCCAUUCGGACUGAGGGCCCUGUGAGCGCAGGGAGAGAGAGCGAGAGAGCAAGUCACGUGUGAGGGAGGCAGGGCCCACCGAUGGAGCUGAAGGUGUGGGUGGAGGGGGUGCCGCGGGUGGUGUGCGGUGUCACAGACGCGACCACCUGCCACGAUGUCGUCAUUGCCCUCGCUCAAGCGCUCGGCCGCACGGGGCGUUACACACUCAUCGAGCGAUGGCGCGACACGGAACGCCACCUGUGCCCGGGCGAGAGCCUGGCAGCGGCGUUGGCCGCAUGGGGGCAGCACUCUGCCGACGUGCAGCUGCUACUGCGCCGCACGGGACCCGGCCGUGAGCAGGACCCGGGGCCUGGCCGCGCCUUCCCGCACCAAAGCCUGCCCCACCAGGGAAGGCCGCGUCCUGCCGAAGCUGGUGCCAGGGCCACCGUGGUUGCGCCGGAGCCCGAAUCGGAUUCGCUUCGGCGCCGGGAGGUGAUGCGCAAGUCGCUCACGUUCACGCCGGGCAUCCGCAAGCUGCUGGAGAAGGCAGGCGGCGGGCGAGGCCACGGGGAGCCGGCGGGCGGCCCUGGGGCGCCCGCGCCACCGGCGCGGCCCGAUGAGCUGAAGCGGCUCGUGCGGCUGCAGAACGAGCGCCUGCGCGAUGUUGAGACACGCAUCGACGCGUCGGACGCGGAGCUGCGGCGCUGGGAGGAGCGUGACGCACGGAGCGUCGGCGCCGACGACGAAGACGACGACGACGACGACGAUGGGAGAGAGGACGGCGGCGCCGUGGCGGCGGUGGCCAAGGAGGCGGCGCAGUUGGAGGCGGAGAUUGCUCGCAACGAGCGGGAGGAGGCGGCGCUGGAGGCGGAGUGGCGGCGAGAGACGGAGCGCGAGGCGGAGCUGGCCCAGCGGCUUAGCGAGGCGAGGGAGCGUGCGCGGACCGCCGGCGAGGCCGCACGGCACCGUACCGAAGAGGCACGCCGCCUCGAAGCCGAGGUGGCGGCCGUGCAGCAGAGAGGGGCCGAGCGCGGCGCCGCGGACCUGAGGGCGCGCCUGGCGGAGGUGGAGCGCGAGGCCCGCUCACUCGACGGAAGCCUCGUGGUGGUGCACUGCUCGCUUGAGGAGGCUGCACGGAGCCUGCGUGAUAAGGAGGGCGAGGCGGAGCGCCUGGGCCGCGAGCUGCGCCAGCUGCACUUGCAGCAGUUCAUUGCGCAGACGGGCAGCCGUGUCACCGUGCUCUCCGAGCCGCCUGAUGACGCGACGGCGGUGGCGGUCGAUGCCGGCUCGGUGUCCCGCGAGCCCCGGCUCGUCCCGCCCGCCCCCCACGUGCUCCACACUUCACUGCUCUCCAGCUUCAACCCCGAGAGCAUCUACGUGUGAACCCUGCUGAGCUUUGGCGUCGGCGCGCGGCACCACUGCUGAGGUGGCGCGGCAUCGUCGCUCUGCCGUGACCGCAUUCAUGCUGAUCAGGCCGGCCGAGCACCUUCCGAGAUACUGCUUAGAGAAUGGUCCCGGCAACUUAGCGUCUGCUUACAUUUGUGAAAUCUAUCCCCGGUGCUGGUACACGAGGGUCUACUGCUACGGAGAACGGCGCCGGAUCGUUGGCAUCCGCACAAAUGUGCAGACGAGGGAAGACCAGUGAACUCUGAACUCGGAGGCAAGCUUGCUGACCACUUGGCCCUGCAGUCAUUUGUAAUCAUGACUUAAAUUGAAGCGACCUGCAGGCAAGCUGUGUUGUUGCUGCCUGCAGGGCCACGCAGCGUUGUUACAGAACCGGAACCUCGGCGCAGAAGACGGGAAGACGUGAACGUAGGUGGAGUCGCUACUGCUGCGACGUCGCUGCUGCUGCGACGUCGCCACUGCUGUGGUGACGCCGCUGCUGCGCCGCUUCUGCUGUGACGACACUGUUGCUGCACCGCUGCUGCUGUUACGACGCCCCCGCUGCUGCUGCGCAACAGCUGCGCCGCCACUGCUGCGAUGACAACGCUGCUGCGACGCCGCCGCUGCUGCGAUGAUGUCGUGGUGCAGAAGCACUGUCGCUGCCGGGCCUGACCGUCGCCCCCCUCGGUGAAGUCCGUGCGCCGCGUCGCCGAGUUGGCAGGAUGCACGGCGACCACCUGAGGACGUCGUUUUUGUUAUUUUUAUUCCUGUUUGUAAAGGACUUGCAGUGGCCGUUUCACCUGCAGUGUGUUAAUAUGUCGAGUCGUUUUAUACCUUGGUAGCGCCCCGAGAUGUCGCUGGGAAUGUGUGGGAUUGGCGUGUGAAGGGCUCGGAAGACUGGGCCACCCAUCUGCUCAGCGCCAUUGUCUUCAUCUGUUUACAGUUGCCACAUGGCUGCAUUCCUGCCAUCAAAUGUUAUUUUAAAUGCCACACAAUAAAUAAAAAAAGUAACGAUUUUUUGUAUUUUACCAGUUAAGGCCCACUGAGCUAUACAGCUCUUUUUGAGAAGCGACCUGCCUAUAAAUGAUAGCUCGAUCAAGUGUCUUAUCAUCAACGAAGUUGUUUAAAUGAUAGCAAUCAAAUACUCUAAACGCAUGUUUCCAAAUAUGGAGGGAAAAUCCGGAGGACCUGGAGAAAAAUCCAUGCAACCACGGGUAGAGAGAGGCAUACAAACUCCAAAUAUACAGGUGUCUGGGUCUGGAUCGAACCCACAACCUCCUUUAUACCAACUUUCCAAGGCUUCCUGUUUAGUAUCUGCUCCGCACAGGCAGACAUACAGAGGCUCUGGAAGCGGUGGUGGGAGUCUCCCACUGUUGCUUCUUUGGGGCCUUAACAAUGCGUUCAGUGUUUGUUAGUGAAACGUUAGGACGCGAAUCGGGGAGAGUUUAUGAAUGAAAAAACAUUUGCAUUCCACUGACAAUAGAUUACACAUUACUCCUUCAGGAUAAUAAGCAACUCAUUACACAUCGGGCUGUGGCUCAUCUGUUUAUGAUUGCUCAAUGUAUUGGAAAGUAGCUAAUGUGCUACUGGCCAUUCACUGCACUGGAUGUAAAACUAUUUCUUGACUGGGUGUAUGUAACACUGAUUGGAUGUGCAGGGAGCUCGUGACUGGGGUAGGUAACACUGGCUAUGAAGGGAGCUUGUACCGUAUUUUCCCGCAUACGCAUAUAACCCGCAAACGCAUAUACCCCGCAAAAAUAGCGUUUUGUGUAAAACAAAUUUCAGAUAGCCCGCACCUCCAUACACCCCGCAUGCAUUCAUAUCUUU